AGCUGCCGCCCAGCUCCAGCACGCAUCGCCUCAUUGCGACACGAACUCGCCAACGCAGCAUCGAGGCUCUUGCGUACAUCCGCGCAAACCGGCGUCUUCUCUCGGCCACUCGUCCGUAUCGACCAUCUUCUCUGCCCUCGUCGCCGCAUCUGCUCGUUAGCUGUGGCUCCGUCUGUACCACCUCCACAGACCACUUAUCGCCAACCCCACCAACAAUGUGUCGUCUCUCAUAGACAGCUCUUCUUCCUAUCACGAUACUCCAAUGUCUUCAGAUCCUCGCAACGCCCUCAGCGCCCUCCUUCGGGCCGCUGAUAUCGACGACCACGAACAGAUCCUCGAUGCCGCCAAUGCCGCACUCAAGGCCGACAAGAACGACCAUGUCGCCCAACACACCAAAGUGGUCGCUCUCCUAAAGCUCGAUCGCUUCGACGAUGCCCUCCGUGUGAUUAGCGGUGGGGGGAUCAAGAUUGAGGCUACCUGCAUUCUCGAACAGGCCUAUGCGCUGUACAAGACUGGCAAGCUGGCCGAGGCUUCUGAUCUGCUCGAGACCCGUGGCCUAGAGAAACGAAGCCUUCAACACGUCGCCGCGCAGGUCGCCUACAGGGCCGAGAAAUUCCACAAUGCCGAGAGCAUUUAUAGGCACCUUCUGGAUACAGAGCCAGAAAAUGAGGAGAGCGAUCUCAAAAUCAACAUCACCGCUGCUGUUGCCCAGACCCAAUGGACAGGCAUCCCCUCCUCCAGCCCAGCAGUAGCCCCCGAAACUCUGGAUACCUUCGAGCUGUGCUAUAACAUGGCUUGCGGUGAGCUUGCUCGGGGAAACACGAGCGUUGCCCUCACUCUCUUACAGCGUGCUGCUAUGCUCUGCGAUAACUCGGACGAGCUCACCGACGAGGAGAAGAAGAUUGAGCUGAGAUCUAUCCGCGCCCAACAGGCGUAUCUGUUUGCCAAGAUUGCAAAACCUAGCUCUGCCCUGGAAGUUUACGAGAUGUUAGGUCCUCCAACCGGCAAAGACGGCCGUGACUUCGCCGUCAUUACCCAAAACAACCACUUUGCCCUGGAGGAAGCUGGUAACCCAUUCGUGCGCCAACGCAAAGCAGAGUCUUUGAUGGCGUCAGCAGCCCAAAGCGACCUCUUCAGCUACCAGUCCAACAUCCUCAAGCGCAAUAACCUCGUCAUCGAUCUUGGUGCCUUCAAGACCAAGGGUGUCGCGGAGAGAACGGAAAAGAUUCUGGCUCAGGCAAAGCUCCCUUCAGCAAACCCACAGAUCAACAUCUCCUCCAUUAUCAAUGCGGCUGCUCACACCCAAGGACUGGAUAACAAGGAGGCUCUUCGGAAAUUACAGGCCUUGGCGGUUAAGCGUCCCAGCGAUGUUGGCAUUGUCUUGGCUAUUGUUCAGCUACAGAUUAGGGAACAGCAAGGCGGCGCCGCUUUGACGACUCUCACAUCUUUCCUCAGCCGCUUAGAGACUUCCGAGGAUGUAAACGACUUAGACACCCGCUACAGCCCUGGUAUUGUUGCCCUAGCGGUUUCGUUGAUGCGGUCGCAGCAGCGGGAAUCAUCAGCCAAGGCUGAACUUGUCAAGGCCGCUCAGUGGUGGCAGAAACGUCCGGCUCACUCAGUUGGGUCACUCCUCCUCGAGGCCGGAAUCGAGCUCAUGAGAUCAUCCAACGCAGACGACUUGAAAUUGGCGGGUAUUUCGUUUGACAAGCUAUUCCGAGAGCAGCAGGACUCCGAAAUUGCUGCGGCUGGACUAGUGGCUGCCUUUGCGGCCUCUGAAGCCUCAAAGGUCAGGCAAUACGCCGACAAGCUGCCGCCCGUCCACGACUUGAUUAGCGGUAUCGACGUAGAUGCACUCUUCGACUCUGGCGUGGCCGUCGCCCGCAGCAACGUCACCUCCAAGAAGCGAGCAGCCUCAAACGAGGCCAACGCCGAGAAGGCGACCAAGCGACGAAGGAGAAAGCUCCCCAAGAACUAUGUCGAGGGCAAGACUCCCGACCCAGAGCGAUGGCUUGCCCUCCGCGAUAGAUCUUCAUACCGUCCUAAAGGCAAGAAGGGGAAGAAGAGAGCCGGCGAGGCCACGCAGGGAGGUAUUGUCAAGGAGGAGGAAACGCUGGGUCUCGUAGGUGGAGGAGGCGUCAAGGUGGAGAAGGCCCCGGCGCCUUCAUCGACCAAUAAGAAGAAGAAGAAGGGCAAGAAAUAGAUUCUCUCUCUCGUUUUGUAGUCAUCUUGAUGCAGGGAAUCUGAUGUUUAGUAUAUAUGGAUGUAUGGAUGUGCGUAUAAAGUGAUUAGGGGGAGCUUAAUUCUAAGAAAUGUGAUGGGUCCUGAUCAGUUUGGGAAAAGAGGAAUGGAAAAAAUAAAAAUGACAAUAAAAUGCAUGCUAGCUUCUCUCUUAUCCUUUCAUUCAUCACGGGCCACAAUAUCAAAGCAUUUUACCAUCACGAUGGGUAGGACAACGACGACAAAGGUGUAUCAAAAAGGUUUAUAUAUCUGAAUUGCUGUAUGGUAUAAU